AUGAUGUUCGCCAUUUUGCCGAAAAUUUCCUUGCUAGUCUUUUUGUCAUUAGCAUGUCAGUACGAUAACGGCUUGAGCUCAUGCAGUGAGGAAUUAAGGAAGAACAGCGUUGCUAAAACAUCCCAACAGAGAACUAGUCGACUAUUAGUAGCAGAAAUCGACGAAAAACUUAAAUCAGUAAGUGACUCAAAAUCGAGCCUCACGAAAAAUAAAAAGGGAAGUCCAGAAAAUCAAAGUGAUGUUGAAACUGUGUAUAAUGAGUCCCUUUCAAGUGAUAUGAAGAUAGAAAUUUUGUUACAAGGUAGACCAGAUUUAAGCUACGUGGAAGACAAGAAAAUAUUAGAAGAAAUUGCGAACAAAGCAAUAUUAAAAUAUCUGGCACAAAGAAAAAGAACAAAAGAACUUGAGGAUCAGAUUAAUAAUUUGAAGCAAAAAGUAAUGAACUACAAAAUGAUUAACAUAGCAGAGCAUCAAAAGGCCUUAAAAGAAGUUAGAGAUUCUAUCAAAACAAAGUACAACGAUGUUGUUGUGCCCACCGUCUUAGAAGGCAUGAAGCGCAUGAGGGAAACGAAUGCAAACAUACCUAACCCUGUCGGAAUGUUGGAUUCUAAAAUAGAAAAAAAAUUAUUUGAUACGUACAGUUACAUGGAUGAACGUGAACACGAUCCAAAUGUUAGCAAAAAACAAUUUAAGAUUCUGAAAAUUAAGAAAUAUGGUGCCAUAAUGGCCUUACCCUUUGUAGUAAUAUUACCCGCCCUGGGUUUAUACGGGGGUGAUGAGUUUUGCCAUUAUUUUAUCUUUUUAUUCGCCGCCGUGAGUUUUUUAAUAUCUUUUUACUUGCUUGUAAAGGUAUUGAAGUAUGACCUGAAAUCCAACGGUGUAAAAAAGCCUCGUUUCAAGGAUUACGUGGAAAGCUUUAAAAGAUGUAUAAAAGGAAUUGCUCCUUGA